AUGUGCAAGGUAUCUCUCCCUGCCGUGUUUCAUCUGAGCGUCGUGAAUGGCGUUCUUGGUCUCGCUCUUCUCGUCGCUGGGAUUGUUGCAGCCACAUACAAGAUUCCUGACACGUGCUCCCAACCUUCUGGUACCAGCACUUAUGGUUAUGAUUUCGCAAACUGUGUAGCAACUCGAGAUAGUGUGAACUCCUUCUUGAGGUCCAUUGCUUUGUGGGGUACUCUCCCUGCGGCUGUUCCCAUAGUCUUUUGUCUUUUGGGAGUAUUUGCUGCCAAGAAACGGAACAAGACUGCCACAGGAGUGCUGCUUGCGUUCCUUAUCGUAGGUAUCAUCACGUCCCUCAUUGGAGUGGCCAUUCCGCUCACGGGAGCAGCAGUCGCGUCUAGCUUCUGUGGUGAGGCUACUCUAUCUUGUGCUGCUGCUGCUGUUGCUCGUGUGCUGUGUACUGACGACUCAUCUCGUUAUCAGAUCUGGCAGAAACAAGAUUCCGAUUUCUGCGGCAGAUACGUUGGAAGUCUGUGGGCAAUCGUUGCCUUGAAUGUCGUUCUGGUCAUCUUCCAGACGACCUUCUCGAUCAUUGUGUGUGUGAUCUGCUGCAAUCCUGGGGAAUGGGAUGAAGGCAUCCCUACCACACAUCGGGGACCUUCGAUUGCGAUACAAGGACAGCUCCAGACAGCAGAACGAGUGCAAGAAAGUCAACAGGACAUGUCAGAUCUUGCAACGGAUUUGCCAGUUGCUUAUCCCGCUGAGAAGGCUUGA